GUGAAUUAGCCAAAGCUGUUCUCCGUUUUUUCCCUCUUCCCGGCCGGCGGCUAGGCAAGUUAAGUGCCACCGGCGUUUGAAAGUUCCGUCACCUCCCCUUUCCCCGGGGGGAUUUUAAGGGUAAUGGGUUCGAUUUGGCAGUGAAAGGGCGAGCAGAUGGUAGAAAGCGACCAGGCGCAAUGGGAUCUUCUCAAUUGUUGGGGGGUGGAAGAUGUCAGAUUGUGAAGGGCUGUAGAGAGCGACAAGGCGCAAUGGCGCUCGGCGGUGAUCCAGGUUUGUAAGGGUUUCUGCAUUAUCUCUGUAACCUAGCCUGAACGGAUUAACUGUGUGUGUAAAAAAUAGCCAUCACAGUAUGCUGCCCCAUAGUGUGAGCCGAAAACUCUUGUUUCCGUGUGUUCUUCUGAUCAUCUGCUGCAACUUAUUUGAGAUUGAUUCCCUGCAACUAUUUGAGAUGAAUCACCGUGACCCUUUGGUGUAGCUAACGCAAUCACUUAUUUAGGCACUGAUUACUCAUUACACUUCUAAUACCAGAAUAUGUUGUCUUCAGUAUAUAAGGCUUUUGGUAACUUAUAAUCAUUCUUGCAUAAAUUCUGCCUAGACCAAAAUAUAUUCAUUUUUGCGAAGUCUUGAAACUUGACAGCAUUCCUUGCUCAAUGAUGGGACUAGGCAAGGAACUACCACUACCACUUUUGGUGGAAACCCAGUGGAGAAAUUGACCAACUGAGGAGAAAGCAUGUUGACAACUGCCAUUUUUGUUGUUGUCCAAGUUGUAACAAGUAACGAACUUUGCCCUCUCUUAGUCUCUUCCUCUAUUGUCUUUUCUGAAUGUCUUAUGCAUAGUCUAAUACCUGAGUUACCUAAGUGUUGAUGCUGUUUAUGUCUCCUGCUUCCCCUGUGCUUUCAGAUAAGACUCUUUCUGUGUAGUGUGUAAUCCCUCCCUUUUCUCGGCUACUUUUUAACUAGACAACCAUAAUUUUCAGUAACUUUGUGCAUGUUCUGAACAUCAGUCAUAUGCAGAGCAACUGGAACGGUACUUGAAUUCAUCAUUCAUUGUCUUCUGCUUCCAAUUAGCAUUAUAUGUAUGGCAAUGAGAGCGAUUGGGGAAAGAUGAUGAGCUACACCUGCAAUACACCAGUAUGUCUUGAGCUGUUUGAGCAUUUAUUUUCUUAGCUGAGCCUGAGCAUAUAUGUUUGAGAUACAUGUACUCUCUCGCAGUUAGUUCUGGCUGUGUGAUUAACGGAGAAGAACGUGAACUGAUGCAAGACACUUUUCAUGCCCUCGAUGCUCGAGCAAGAGCUGAAAAUCCAGAAAAUGAACUGAUGCAACAGAAACUUUAGAAGGCUCGUUGUUGUAGAACCCACCUCCACAUUUCUAAGUCUAGUGUUCUGUUCACGUUUGUUUUGAUCUGCGUAUCUUUUUUUCAGAAAAUGACCGGGAAUCGUACCGAAUGCGUGUCACAGGCGCUGAUUGAUUGUGAAAAAGCAAGUGCUGAAGCUGAAGCUCAAGUCCACUGGCUGAAGCUUAAUGGAGGAAUCGUAAUGAAUGCGAGUCACUUGUUUACUUUUCUCCUUGGAGCCCAAAUUAGAAGCCCUAGCUUUGGGCUCUGGCUCACUAGCAAUAUCCGGUUUCUAAGUUCUAACAGUGGGUUGGGCCUCAUCAUGAGCCCAAUCAGCCGUCGGUAAGCAAAAUCCACAUCAUCGAAAUAAUGCAAUCAUCUCUCAAAACAAAAGAGUAAUAAAAAGCACAUGUACCUUAUUAUCUAACCAAAUUUCCUGCAUGAAGUAUGAGCCAUAGUAUAUACUACUCUAUUUGCAAACAUCCACAGCUAAUCCAACUCGCUUGGUAGGCUUUGUCUCUGAUUUCUCCAUAGACUUGACUCACAUCAAGAGAACGAAGAAUUUGAGUCUUGAAGCUUUCUAAUAAUCAACAGACAAUGAGACUCUACCUCUCUACAUGGAGAAAAUCAUAUCGUCGAACGAUUUUUAUUCCAAAAUUCACACACAUAAACUUCGGCCAAAUCAACGAUUCUUCUAGCUAUAGCUAAAAGGAGUACAAGAUUGGCUAAAUCAUAAUGUGAGUUUGCAGAAGUACCAUACCCUUUUGGAUGGGAUGAAAAGGGCAAAAAAAAGGCUUCUUUCUUAGGGUUUAUUGUCCCUUAACUAUAUUCUUCUCUACUACAUAUGUUCCUUCCUGAACCGCCAUAAUACACUACAUGUGAUAAAAAGCAUACGUAAAGCUCCAUUACCCACUCCUUCGUUCCUUCCCACCACAUAAAAAGAAAAGCAUAUCCUCCCCUAACUCUUCCUUUGUUCUGCAACUCUCUUUGUUGGUCUGCCACCACCAUAUCAUAACUGGAACUUGGUUCCAAGCAACACACUUCACCUGUUCCAGAGCAAAAGAUAGUGAAGGAAUACGGCAAGAAGUGUGGAUCUAGCUCCGUACUCUCAUGUCACUCAGAGAUCUUAUCGAGUCUAUCAUUGUUUGUUAAGAUGACAAAAUCUUCACUGUUGUUACACUUAUUCGCGAUCAACAUUGAGAAAGACUUACACAGCUUGACGCUAGUACCGCGCGACUCGAAGUACAAUUGCUACGAGAGUGAUUCUUCACUCCGACACACCUCGUUUGUAGCUUCAUCAUCGAAUCCCCUUCGUCACGUUCUUACUACAAUUAGAUAUCAAAUGUGCGUCAUUGAGCUCCCUCUUGUCUUGACUUUGAUUCCAAUCACGAGUUAGUCCUAUUUUUUUUUCAUGCAAGGUUCUGUAUCUUUUUUUUUCUUUACCUCUGUUCAUAUUCAGCAGAAAUCAAUUUUGCCUGGCUCGUGCCAAUCCCACUCCUAACUGGUGUCGAUUUCAUUUUAACAUUAAUAUCGAUUGUCUUUCGAAUCCCGUUAUUCAUUUAUUUGAGUUCUCACACACCCAUACAUCAUUUCUUCCAAUCCAAGUCAUGACUUGGGUCGAUUGCUACAAUGAGACCAUAUAGAAGAGAUUUAAGGUGGUUCCUUCCUAUUUCCCUUUACUUCUUCAGCGGGCAAAAAAGAUAUAAAGGAAGAGAGAGUUUGCUUUCCCUAGCCCACAAUGAUGAAUGAUGAAAAGGAAGGAAAACUUUUUCCCCUUUCGAAGGAAGGGGACGGUGUCGUGUAGCCCUUUCUCUCCCUCUUUUCUGAGCACAGCCCACGUGCAUGGUAAGAGACUAUGUUCUGUGGCGGAAGAAGGAAAUGAACUUUGUGUUCAACGCAUUCCAUGUCACCAUUCAUCCUUCCUUUCCCUUUGUAAUCCCAAAUUAGUGAGUCUUUUUGGGAGUUAGUUAGGCAUGGUUUUGUAUUAUGGAGAGGUUCUUACUUCUAACACUAUCUUCUUUCCUCCCCAAGAUGAUAUGUUUUCCUUGCAAAGAUAGACAACGAUUUCCUAAUAAGAGUAGUAUGUUGGGAGGCUGAAGGUAAAUCCUAUUUUUACGACAACUCUAAUAAGAUGACGUGAAUAGUUUGAGUCAACGAGUUACAUUGAUCGUUCUAUGACUUGUUUCAUAGUGUUUUUUAUUACAUUGCAAUGCGAAACGAACCAAGGAGCAUGAUGUAGUACAUGCAAAAGCUCUUCCCAGCUAUAUUGCAUGCAGGUCACAUGGUAAUUUCGUGGAAUGUUCUAUGUAAGGAAGUGGUUAACUACUAUACAUAAGCCUCUUCCAACAACUCGAGUUAUUGGGACCAGUUGGUUUAUGACAUGGUAUUAGAACUGGUUUUUCCUUGAGGUCACGUGUUCAAGUCUCCCCCCCCCCCCCCCAAUAUUAACUGUUGUUUUCAAGCAUAUGGCACGGCGAGAAUGAGCAAACUUCAAGCCCACGAGUCGGCUUUCGUUUGAGGGGGCGUGCAAAGAAGUGGUUAAGUACCAUACAUGGGCCUCUCCCAACAACUCGAGCUAUUGGGACCAACUGGUUUAUGACAUUCUAUGAGUGACUCAUUUUGGCCAAUAUUUCUGAAACAUCUCUUCUUCUUUUGUAAUGUGGGAUCGUAACAUAUAUAGUAAGAGUUUUACAGAUAAAGAAAAAUCUUGUGAGCGGAUGAUUUUGUUAUGCAACUCGUCAAAUAAACGUCUUUGAAUAUAUAGAUUUUGGGCAAUGAACGGAAGAACACAUCAUAUCAACGCUCUUAUCUGACCACUAGGUCGCUUAUUUAGAUUUAUCUCUGCGUUAUCCUUUUUUUAUAUGAUGUAUUGUUGCUAACAAACUUGUCUAUAUAUCUAAUGACUUGGCAAGCUAUAAUUUGCCAUAUGAUUGUUUAGGUGACUUUGGUCACACCUUAGAUAGACUAACACUAACCAUAAAAGUGCCAUUGUUGAAGUUGAAAAAGUGAUGAUUUGAGUGUGGAUCUGUUCUUGUGUACAUGUCUACCCUAGUUGUUUGUAACAUGGUGCCCCAUAGGUUGCAAAUGAUAAAAACCUGUUAAAGUUGAGGCUUUCCCUUCCUUGAAAAUGUAGGAUGUGAAAGGGAAGAAAAGAUUAGAAAGGAUGGCAGACCAAUAAUUCUACUAUAGAGAUGAUUCCAACAGUGACACAACUUCACCACCCACCAUUGGAAAAGUCUAUCCAUUAUAACAAUGGCCCAUCACCAAACACCAUUGGAAUCGAGUAUUCUUUCAGUUUUUAAUGGUUACAUUUGGAUUUUGGCUGGAUAUAUAAAUCCUCUGUUUUUGAAAUCCUCCUAGCAAUUUAUGAAUUGGUUUGGAUGUCUAUUGUGGCCUUUGUGGGAAUUUAGUUUAAGGUGAUCAUCAGGUAGGAUACAACUCAUUUCAUCAAGUAAAGAUAAUUCGAUAAUGUUAUGCAUGUUGUCACGUGAAAUCUCUAACAAUGUAUAGAAUAAAUUAUAUUUCUGUAAAUUCUUUAUUCCGAAAUCAAUGCAUGAAUUCUCUACAAUCUGUCCACUUUGAUAAUGCAACACAAUACUAAGCGGGCAUUUAAUAAUUGUGCAUGUUAAAUUGAUGUAUUCUUAAAACACAUGAAUUAUAAAAUUUAUAUAUUUGAAAUAAAGAAGUGAAGUCAAACAAUUGUUAAGGCAAUUUCAUAUUUAUACCCAUCCUUUCACUUUUUUAUUGGAAUACAGAAAAGUAUUUAGG